AAAGCAGCUCAUACCAUGGUAGUUACGACAGCCGCUCAAAGAGAUUUAGAGCCGUUUCAGGUGCUCAUUCUCGGUGAUGGCAACUUCUCCUUCUCCCUCGCGCUCUGCCGGAUUUUAUGGUCCCGACCUUCUGAUCUUUUGAUAACCCAUGAGAAUCUUCAUGUGGGCCAUGCCUAUCUCGGCUUGCCUACUACCAGUGGUCGCAAGAUUCAAAUAACCACAACAUCCUUUGACGACAGACAAGAGCUGUAUAAAAAAUAUCCCGAAAGCAAAGAAAUUUUGGCUGCUUUGGAAAGCGAGCGUUUCGCAGCAGAGGUGACCGUCCUGCACAGAAUAAACGCAUGGGAACUCAGAGAUCACUUUGGGGACCAGAACAAGUUCGAUGCCGUAGUAUGGAAUCACCCGCACCUUGGAACCGAAGACUUUCGACUCCAUCGCUUCUUAAUGGCCCAUUUCUUCAGUAGCGUUGCAAGUGUUUUGAAGCCUAAGCAUUCUUGUGUCUGUGUAAGCCUUGUGGAAGGGCAAGAAACUCGGUGGGAUUUGGUUGCGCAAGCCGCGCGAUCGGCUCUGGGGCUCACGCAGGUCGCGGCGUUCGAUGAGAAUUUGUGGCCGGGCUAUGUAGUCAAACGCAAUAAACAUGGCGGGAGCUUCAAAAAUACGCACACAAAGCAGCACACCGGCAGCGAAAUGAAGAGCCAUUUGUUUAGAUUCGCCUUGGGAGAGCCAGAGGUGAUAUGGCGAGGCUUGGAGAGUACCGAUAUUGAUCUGGACCUGCUACCAGGAGUGACGACAGGGGCCCCGGAUGACGACAGCUCGAUAACCGAUUUUACCGUAGCUUCUGAGGGGCUGACUCGCUCUGCAGGCGCAUCUCCAGACUCCCGAUCGAGCAAAUCGAGCCCAGUUUCAAGCUUAUCAUUCUCAGAAUCCCAAACGUCAUUGCCGUUGCUUCUCACGAAACCUACUCGAAAAGCCCGUCUUCGUGCUUCUAUCCCAUCAGACCUGGUUUGUCCCCAUUGCGGAAAGCAAUUAGCAACAGCGCGCGGCUGGACCCAACAUGUCCAUAUGGUUCACACGCUUCAGAAGUUUGGCAGUGAUUGGAAGCCUGAUCGUACCAAACAUCUAUCAUGCCCACAUCCUUCGUGCUCCAAAUCCUUUGCCGACGCCGAAUCACUCUGGCAGCACGAGAUCAACAAGCAUACCACCGUAACAUCUGACGAACUCCCCACUGCGGUGGACCAGCUCAAAGGUUCAGGUCCCUCAUCAGAAUGUGCUGGUGACGAUUAUGACUAUAUACCGUGCGAUGUAUGUGGUCAAGCCGUUGUGAAAAGAGAUUGGGGAAUGAAGCUUCAUUUGGAGACUUUGAAACCCGCUGUUGGGCUGGAUAUGAGAUGCCCUCUGUGCGAGACGGAUGGACAAGGGAGAGGGACCGUAGGAUUUAUUGAGAGCCGAGCACUGUUUCAACAUUACAAGUUCUGUAGGAGCAAGAGGAGCAAGCCAUCUUUGGCUGUUGAGAACAGAAAUGAUGGUCAUACUACUUAGAUUUUGUACCAUAGAUUACAUAUUUGCAUAUUUACUUGCUAAGCGAGAAAACUUUGCCACUG